UCAAUGCAAGAUUUUUCCGUGCAUAAAUUAUGUUCAUGACGUAGUGCUAAAGGCCAAUUUUGUUGCAAUUUUGUCCGACUUUACAGCCCAAAUAGGAUGUUGUGAGGCAACUGAAGGAUUUCUGACUAUCUGAGCUGUUGCACAAAGGGCAUCGUCAUUAAAUAUUAAGAGAGAGGAGAUCCCAACAUUGCAAGCCUCCUUAUCAAUGCAAAUACCUCUUUUGUGUGCAGCCACAGCGCCUGUCUGGGAGCUGAGAUGCAUUUUUAAUUAUGUGUGACUGAAACAAACUGUGACAAGGACCUUUAUUAAAGCGGGGGAUUACGGAAAACCAGCUGCAUUCACGCGAAUGUCAGGAAGACAGUGACCGUGGUGGUGCAGCGAGCCAUGAACUCCCAGGAUCCCCCUGCCAAAGAUGCCCCACUUACAGUCAAUGAGCAGGUCAUUGUGAUGUCCAGCCAUGAGACUAUUCGUGUGCUAGAGGUAGAAGUCGAUGCAUCUCUGCCAUCAUCAGUACCCGAUGGGAAGGGUGAAGUCAAAGCUGAGGAGGGAGUGGCUCGGCCUGCAGAUCAACCUGAGGCUGACAGCAUACAGGACGGCCCCACUAUGCCUCAGAGCACUGGGGGAGGAGUGCUGGGUGAGCAGCAGGUGGUGUCUGUCGAGGUUGCUACCCCUGCUGUCCAAACGCUGACUCCUGCUGUUCCCGUCAGUUUGUCCCUGUCGCAACCCCAGGCCACCAUGCCCAUCACUGUAGGCUGUCCACAGGUGCUGACCCAGGAAAGUUUGGCCACUCUGAUGACUAGUAUGAUGGCCCAGACCGGAUCUCUGGGGCAGCCCCUGCUCAUCCCCAUCAGUAUGGCGGGCUCCAUCGGUGGCCAGGGAGGUCUGGCUGUUCUCACUUUACCCACCACCAACGUAGCUUCUCUCCCCGGGCUCACGGCAGCUAACACAGCUGGAAACCUUCUCAAACUGCCCUUUGCUGGCCUCCAAGCUGCGACAGUCCUGAACUCUGUCCAGCCCCAAGCUCAGACGAUGUUCCAGCCUCAAGCUGCCAUACAGCCAGUGCAGGUGACGUCUCAUCCGACACAGGUGACCAACGCACAGGUUACCGCCGCUCAGGUGGCGGCAGCCCAGGCCGCCACUACCGUCUCUCAGUCCAACAUAUCUUUAGCAGCGCUACAGACGGCAGGACUCUCCAUCAAUCCUGCCAUUAUCAAUGCUGCAUCCUUGGUAACUCAGCCACAGUUCCUCAGUUCCCUCUCCUCCACUCCUAUCUUCACUAGUGCCAUGUCCAACAUGGCCGGCAUCACCAGCCAGAUCAUCACAAAUGCCCAGGGACAGGUCAUAGGAACCCUCCCUCUUUUGUUGAACCCAGCCUCUCUGGCUGGAGGGGCUGGGACAUCCACCCUCCAGGGUCUCCAGGGUCUGCAGGGAUUUCAGGGUCUGCAGGGUCUGCAGGGUCUGCAGGGUCUCCAGGGUCUUCAGGGUCUGCAAAGUCUGCAAGGUCUGCAAGGCUUGCAAGGCUUGCAAGGUCUCCAGGGUCUCCAGGGUCUCCAGGGUCUCCAGUUCCAGACUGUCACCCCACAGCUGCUUCUCAACAACCAGGGCCAGAUUAUUGCCACAGUAGGGAAUGGAUCUGCAGUUACAACUUCUGCUGCAGUUCUGCCCAAAGCUGCUGCUCCCCCAACACUUACCAAACCUAUCACACAGGCUUCUGUAACAACUGUCAGUCAGUCACCAAUUGUCAUCGCUCCUCAGCCGUCUGUACUGAAGACUGCCAGCAUGCUCUCCUCCACAGGACCCAUCACCUGUGGAGACAUAGCAAAAGUGGGCCAGCUUGUCGGCAAACCCCAGCAGGUAGUCAGCAGUGAGGAAGGCAUUAAUCUGGAAGAGAUUCGAGAGUUUGCCAAGAAUUUCAAGAUCCGCCGGCUGUCCUUGGGGCUUACUCAGACGCAAGUAGGGCAGGCACUUACUGCAACUGAGGGUCCUGCCUACAGCCAGUCUGCCAUUUGCAGGUUUGAAAAGCUGGAUAUCACGCCCAAGAGUGCUCAGAAGUUGAAGCCGGUGUUGGAGAAGUGGCUGGCUGAGGCUGAGCACUGGAACCAGAAAGGCCAGCAGAAUCUGAUGGAGUUUGUCGGCGGUGAACCAUCAAAGAAACGCAAACGGCGUACUAGUUUCACACCGCAGGCAAUCGAAGUACUUAACUCUUACUUUGAGAAGAAUGCAUUGCCAACAGGUCAAGAGAUCACAGAAAUUGCAAGAGAGCUAAACUAUGACCGAGAGGUUGUGCGAGUUUGGUUCUGUAACCGGAGGCAGACACUGAAAAACACAAGCAAAAUCAAUAUCUUCCAGAUUCAGUAACGACCUCAUUCUGGGAGGGUUCGCCACUGAUCCUUUGGUAUUUUCUGAAGUUGAACAUUUAAUACAGCAACACAGUUGUGAAUUGUGUUGUAACUAAAAGCCAAACUCCAUUAAUGAGUAUGUACUUUUAUAGAAAAUAAAGGAAAUUUCACGUAAUUCGAGUGUAAUGAAAGAGUACUAAAAAGGAGUUGUUAAUUUUAUUUUAACAAUGUACAUGUGUACACAGCUCCUGUGUGGUGGGUACUAAGUCAGACCGCAUGGUUCUUUUUAUCAUAUACAGUGAUGAUAGUACAGCGAUAAUAACGUCAUAUUUAAAAAAAAAAAAAACAAUGUGGUGAACUUUUAUACAAGUGAUUUUAUAGGCUAUCCCUCUGAAUUAAUAUAAGUGGCAGUGCAUUGAGUCACAUUGAUUUUAGUCACAUAAUUGUCACUUUGUCACAAUAGGUGACAUUACGCUGAUAUUUGAAUAAUGUGCUUUUACCACCAUGGAUAUAUUCAGAGUUCUUGCCGCUCAUUUAUUUUAUAUUAACGUAGUAUUUGUACUACAUGAGCACCUUUGCCAACAUAAAUAAGCCUCAGACUAAAAGUAGGCAAUAGCAUGUAACCUUAUUUUCAUCAGAGUUUGUUGUCUAUUUAAUGCCAAAACUGACUUUGUUAUCUAUGGACUCCUGACUCAACAAUACAUUUUUGGGACAAUCAUCAGCAGCAUGAAAUGUGUCACAGUGUCCAUAGAGUCGUUUUUGAUGUUCCUUGGACAACAAGUUCUUAUCAAAAUAAAAUGAUAGCUUCAGCUAUUGCCUAGGAUGCCACAACUGUAAACUUUUUUUUUUUGUAUUUUAUGGUGUUUUUUUAAUUUCUAAGUUACUGAUGCACAUACUGUAUGUGUGGUUGAAACGUCUGUGAAUUCACUAUACUGUCCUGUUUUUACACUUUCCGUUUAAUGUGCUGAUAAUACUCUGACAGUAUUUUGUGUUUACUCUUUAUUAACAGUUGUGACUGUUCCCUCAAUGGCUUGACGAUGGUUCUGCGGCAUUAAAAAAAAAAAAACUCAAGUUAGAUGAAGUGUAUGUUAAAAGCAGGAAAUUAAUUGGAUUAUUAUGAAGGCAAUUUAAAACAGUCUCCCGUUGCCUGGAAAUAUUGGCACCAGGUUUUUGGAUACUCUUACUAAGCCAUCAAUCAAAAUUCUAAAAAUGCAAUUGUCUGUUCAGCCAAGGAAGUGGUUUUAUGGUUUAAAGACUUUCAAUCUGAAUGAGUUAAAGUGUUUGCAUGUGCAGUAUGAAGUUAUUUGCUGUAGGAACAAAACUAUGGCAGUUUUCUUUAUCUUUGUCAAUGCCUAUUCUUUGAGAAUUCUUUGCACUUUAGUGACAGUAGGGAAAGCAAAAGGGAUAUGAAUGGUUUAUGUACAGUGCAAGGUUUAGUAGUUAUGAAUGUGGGAGAAUUUAAUUUCUGCAUUUUAAUGUUCUUGAACAGCAAGAAUCUUUGCUUUGCAAAAUGUAGCAGUAAUGGUACAAUUUCAAUCACCAACUUUACAAGCAACAUCCAUCACUCAGAUUAAUGUACUUUUAUGCAGAAGAAUUGUAAAAUACUGCAGUUUAAAUGUACAAGCUAAUAUGCAUUAAUCACAUUUUUUUAAUUGUGUGAAUAAUAUGGUGCAUAUUUUCCUUUUGAACUGAAUAAAUGGGCCUAUUUUGCAAUGGACACACAGUAUACCUAAACAUAAAAAAUGGUUAAUAUUGCAGAGUUCUUGCUAUAAUAUGUGUUUUUCCCUCAUGAUAAAUGUGGGAGGACAAUAUAUAAUAUUGUUUAAUAUACUGAGAUAUCAAUAGAGAAAAUAAGAGCUAAAUUAUAAUAAUAAGAUGAUAGUCAUUUGUCCCUGCAAAGCACAUAAAGAGUUCAGGUCUUUGCGAGAAAAAGGAGAAAGGGAAGUUGGAUUCUUUUUGUCAUUUUCUGUCAGAUAAAUAA